AUGGCCUCGCACAUCACCACGGACCAGUUCCUGGCGGCUGCCAAGUACCGCCGCACGGUCUACGCUCUUAAGGGCUCUUCCUCUGUAUCCGACAGCCGCAUCGAGGAGGUCGUCAAGGACGUCCUCUCGUUCGCCCCCUCAUCAUACAACACCCAAUCCGCACGUAUCACUCUGGUCCUUGGCGACAAGCACAAGCAGUUCUGGGACAUUGUCAUCAAGGAGUCCGAGCCGAUCCUGAAGGGUGCCGGUGAGGCUGUCUGGAACGCUAUGGAGCCCCGCUUCCAGGGCUUCAAGAACGCAUACGGAUCUGUCGUCUUCUGGGAAGAUGGAAAGACCAUCAAGCAGGCUCAGGAUACCCACAAGGCUUCUGCUGCCAUGUUCCCAGAGUGGGCAGACCAUGCCUCUGGUAUGCACCAACUUCUCGUUUGGACUGCUUUGGAACUUGAGGGUCUCGGUGCCAACUUGCAGCACAUGAACGCCAUCCCGCCGGUUGAGGCUGCGCUCAAGAAGUUCUUGGACGUGCCAGAGGAGUGGAAGCUCAAGGCCCACCUGAACUUCGGUGACGAGGCUCAGCCCCACCCUGACGCACCGCAGAAGCUGCCCGUCAGCGAGACCUUCAAGGUGGUUUCGUAG